GGACAACAAAAACUUACACCGAGUUAGAAAAUUGUAAAGUCUUUUAUCAGAAAGUCGGCACUUCAUUAUAUUUUUCUCACUAUGUAAAAAUAAUUUGCAUGCGUUAUGCAAAUAUAUAUACAUAGUGUGCUUUUUAAUUACAUAGACAGCGUAAGUAAAUUACCGUAUACUAAUUGGGAAAAAUUCAACUCCGUGUAAGUUUACACAGUUGAGCAGGAAAGUAACUGCUAGAAGGUAGCUAGGUAGGCUAAUGUUAAGCUUUAAUCAGCGAAGGAGCGUUCUAUCCCACAGCAGUUCAGAUGGCUGUACGCUGGUUAUGCAGCAGGUGGGGCAGAGUCAGGUGAUCAUCGGCACUGAAACACAAUGGUUUUAACAGUGUAUGGAAGCUGGGGGUUUUUUUGUUCGGUGCUUUUAGGUUUGAAAUCAUUCGUUUAAUCUGUGUAUGCUUUAGUUACGCCUUUAUUUCUAAACUAAGUAGCUUUGAAUGGUAGUGAAUGAAGACCGUGGUUUCUAUCGUGGGAGGGGCGACACCAUUCCGACCGCAGUCAUUCAGUCAGUGACAGAAGAAGAUUCGGUGGGGAGGUAGUGAAGCUGACCCGGGAGCAUAACCGAAAUUCCUGCCUUCGCCUCACCACGCUCGGAAGCCUUUUUCUUUCACAGGCCGAUCUGGCUGAUGGAAACAGAGCUCGGCCACAAUGUGCGCGAAUGUGUUCGGCGUUUUGAAAAGUCUCUUUGGGAAGCCUUUUGAUGGUGGAAAAAGGAUGGACCAUGGCGGUCCACAGGACCAGCAGCAGCAUCCGGCGGAGCAGCAGCAGCCUUACCAUCCGCAGCCUCCUGCGAUGAUGAGACUCUACGAGGUCCAGAAAGAGGUCUCGACUCUGGGGCCGCAGGUCUGCACCUUCAGCGGCCUGCAGAACGACCGAGAGUACAAGCGCAUGGAGCGCGAGCUGACCCAGCUGCUGCUGCAGGUGGACCAGGUGGACACGGAGGGCAAGCUGGAGCUGCAAGGAGCGCGCAAGAGGGCUGCGCAAGAGGUGGAGGGCCUCCUGCGGUACCUGGAGGAGAACGCCUCCCACCCGUCCCGCCUGGCCAUCGACGAGCUGAGCAACGCGGCGCGGGAGCUGGUGGACGAGCGGGUGGUGGCGCCGCAGCGGGCCGGCGGGGUGGCGGAGAUAAACGACGAGCUGGUGGACGCCCUUCAGGAGCUCGUCCUCAGGCUCACCCAGAUCAAGACUGAAGGCCGGGUGCCGCUCCGCAAGGCGCGCUACCGAGCGCUCACGCGGCUCUGCGCCGUGCAGGACGUGCUGGAGAGCCGCACGCCGCAGCAGACCCUCUCUCUGCCCCUGUCGGGGGACACCCACGAGGCCGUGAACCGCAUCAACCAGGUCAUGGUGAAGGUGAGCAUGGCUCGCAGCCAGCUGCUGGCUCUGCUGAUGGGGCUGAGCGGGAGGGACAGCUGCGCGCACCUGUCCCGCAUCCUGACGGAGCUGCAGGUGGAGCUGGACGCCCUGGACGUCUCCGGUAACGCGGCGAUCCGGAAUUACAGGAAGCAGGUGGUGGAGGAAAUAAACGGCCUGCUAAAACACCUGGACCUAGAGGGAGAGGGGGACGACACUCGCAGGUACGAUUUGGCGCAGAACAACUCCAUCCGUGAGAUCGAGGCCGUGCGAGCCCACGUCUCCCACUUACGAGAGGGUGUCCUGCGACACUGCGUGACGGGUGACCUCAGCUUCCGGCCCAAAGCCGAACUCCAGAGCCUUCUCACCCACCUGGACCAGGUGGACACGGCCAAAAACCCGUGCAUCAGAGAGGCCCGCCGCCGCGCCGUGGUCGAGGUCCAGGCCGUCGUCACCUUCCUGGACCUCCGCGAGGCGCUGGUGUGCCGCCAGCCGGGCCCCGGGGAGCACCCGUCGCACCGGGCCGUCUGGCUGGUCCUGGGCAGCCUCUCCGACCUGCAGGCCCAAGUCCUGGGCUUUGACGGCAAGCGGGCCGACAAGAGCUACAUGAUGCUGGAGGAACUGCUGACCAAACAGCUGCUGGCACUGGACGCUGUAGAUCCACAGGGCGACGCGUCCACCAAGAUGGCACGGAAGCAAGCGGUGAAGUUCGCCCAGAACAUUCUCAACUACCUAGACAUGAAGACGGACGAGUGGGAGUAUUGAUUAAUCCAGGACCACGUCAGGUCGGACACGGCUGCAGGAAUUAAAGGAGCUUGAAAAUGGAGCGUCAUCAUUCCGUCAGCUGUAAAUAUUGCCUGAAAUACCCAGAAUCCACUGCAGCAGAGCUUCUUUUUUUUCCCUCUUUUGUGGUAGUCAAGGCCAACCCAUAUGAAACUCCUUUUGUGAAACACAUUUUGACACGUAUUUUUCUGUGUGCUCUUCGACAAUUUUGUGUGUGUGCGCGGGUGUACGCGUGUGUGUGUGUGUGUGUGUGUGUGUGUGAUUUCCUUGUUGGUGUCAUUGUGUUUUGGUGUAUGGUAGUAGGAGCCUGCAGCCAAAGCACUGAGUAACGCUCGUUGUCUUCUCCUCCAGACUGCACUUCAUAUUGAUAAAACGUUCAGUUAGAGUGAUUGUAAAUCAGUAGCCUCUUUUAUUAUCUUGACUGUCAGUUGCUAAUGGCGACAGCUGGUGAUACGCUACCAGAGGCAGGGGUGGCUCAUUCUGUAUAAUUAGAAAAACCAGGCAGUAGCUGUGUUUCCGCUCCAAAUGUGUGCAAAACUUUGUCUAUUGUGCUAGUGUAAAAAAAGACAACACAAGUUGCGGUGUUCCCAUUAAAUGAGACACAAUUAAAAUCACACGUGAAUAAGUUUGUUCACGCGGUAAGUCAUUAAGGUCCGUGCCGCGCUUCCAACUUCUUCCUGUUGUCGUUGCCUUUGUGGUUUUCGCCAGUGGCAAAAACCACAAAGACGUGGUUCGACAAUGUCCAGUUGUUGAUCAUCUGAAUCAAAGAAAAUGUUUCCAUUGCAACUUAGCGAAAUAAACCGAUUUUUAAAAAAUUAUCUCAUCUUUGCGUCACACGACUCGCAUGAUCAACAGCGACCAGAUGUUGCCACUGGCGCAAACCACGAAGAAGAAAACGGGAGGAAACAGAAAGAUCAUGGUGCUGCAUAUUUUUAAUAUUUUGUGACCAAACUUAUUCAUGUGUGAUUUUAACUUAUUUCUUAUUUAGUGGAAACACAGCAAUUGCAAAAAUUGUGUUUUUUUUUUUUUUACAUUAACAAAUUAUUGACAACUUUUUGCGCACAUUUAUAAUGAAAACGCAGCUAUUUCAGGCUGAUGUUACUGCAUUUUCUACUUUAUUACAUCUUCGAAUUAGACAGUAGGAGGUUAGAUUGCUAAUCUACGAUCAUUCUCCACUGAAGAAGCAAGAGUCUGAAUUUUGAGGCCAAUUUCUGAUCUAUGAUUUUUGUAAAGCUUCGACCUGCCGAUGUAGAUUUAGAUCCGAUCUGAUUUCUCCCCUUGAGUUGUAAUAUAGCCGCGUCUAAUUACAGCAUUCAGAAUAAUUUCUCCUCCACAGGAAGAAGGCCAGAAAAAUUAGGUUAUCAGGAGGAGAAGUGACAUCACACCACAUCAGUUGCUGUCAAAUACAGUUUUGAUCAUUUAAGCAUGCGUCCAACUUAAGGCGCGGGGGCCAAAUGUAGCUCCCGUAGUUUUUAUGUGGCCCUCUAGACUCCAGAGCAGAGGGAUCUAAAGCGACUCCAGAGGGCCGUUUGAUCAGGUGGUUGACACAAAUGGAGACUUUUAUUUGUAACCAGGAAAAAACUAUUACAGACAAAUAGAAAUCUUAAAAAUGUUGGCUAUGGUACAAAGUAUUCAAUGACCGAGCUUUUUGUAUUCUCUUGUGAGAAUCCAUCCAUUCAGCAGACUUGACGUUUUUCCCCUUGAGACAAAAUAUUUGGAUAGCUCUGCUCCAGAGGAGCACAAGAGAACAGCUUUGUGCUUGAACAUCAUUUGAUCAAAUUUAAGCCGUUUUUAAUCAGUAAACAGCCAAAUAAAACAUCAGUUUUGUUUUAGAUUUAUCGAUUGCGGAAAUUCACACAAAAUCAGCAGGUAUCCACAUCUUUUGGAUACCACUGCAGCAGAGCUUUUUUUUUUUUCUUCUCCAAAAUCCAUUUGCAGAAUUUUGAGUUUACUGCAAAUUGUCGAAAUCGUUUAAUUCAAGUUAUGCUACUUUCCACCUAUGGGUGGCAGUAUUUCUUACUUUUAAUACAAUACUGCCUCAGAUUUCAUCAGGUUGUAAUCCACCAUCAACAAAGUCACAUUGACCGCCAUAUAUUAGUGUAAAUACCUCAAAAUUCUUUGUAAAUAUUUCUAAAUUAGCACCAAAAAGUCUGUGAUUCUGAUAGCAAAAAAAAGUCACAAAAUCAAUCACCAUAACUUGGAGGGGGGGGCAGAGGGAGGUUGCAACCAGCUCAAAAGGAGAAAACAGAGCGACUUUGCUGCUAAGCCUUCAUGUUAUCAGCCCAAGUCUCGCUCUCUCACAGAUUUUAUUUUCUAAGUGAGCUAAAAGAAAUGGUCUGUUUCAAGUCACCGACCUGUCCCCGAGUCUCGAGAGUCGGGGCCCAAAGCGCCGAAGCUCCACCCGAAAAAAACAGCCUAACAGUUGACAAAGAAGCACUAAAAAUCUAUUUUAAGAUUACUUGGAAGUCAUGGAUGAAUGUUUUUUUUUUUUUUUUUUAGCAGAAAGCAGGAUGUUACAGAGAUGGAAGACUUCAGUUUUAGCUGCAUCUCUUGUCGUCUGUUCUCAGAUGUUUGUCCUGACCGUGUUGUGAUCACACCAGGCUGGAAAUAGAUCAGAUAUGAAUUAUUCCAGGAGAAGCGUGGCGAUAUUUCGCCGUCGCUGCUUCUGUGGCUUCUCGUCUGUCUAUUUGUUUCCACCCGCUGCUUUCUGUUGACGGAGGAGUGCGACUGAAGCCUUUUGAGGAAAUUGGACAGAAAGAGGCCGAGGCGACGAUCUCCGCAGGACUGGCGUGUCGAGGCUGAAGCUCUGGGGGGGCCCCCGCUGGAGGGCCCCUCGGCAGGGAGGCGCUGACGGAGAUCACAGUCGACAGAACCUUCUAGAAACUUCUCCGAGCUGCUGGAGAAGGAGGGAGAGAGAGAAAGGACGUGUAGAGAAGUCUGGAGCUCUGUGCCUUUUUACUUUUCAGCCUUUUUUUUACCCAUCAGUUUGUGUAAGACGGCGUCUUAGUGUAGCAAAAAUAGAACGCGUUGUUUAAGGUAUGCAUCAAUGCACUAGAAUAGGACACCAAGUACUGAAUGUGUUUUAUUGAGAGAGCACCUUGGCCAGUAUCACAACAUGUUCACUGGGAGUUUGUUUUUUAUGUUUGUUGUAUCUCCUUUUCUUUUCUGUUUUUUUUAUAAAUGCUUAUUUAUUUCCCAACAAAGUUCUAAUUAGACUGACAUCUUAAUCGGGCAACUAUACGAGUUGCUUUCUCCUAAGGCGUCAACUGUAGCCCAAUAAUCUACUGACAGAACCAUUUAUCAUUAGUUGGAGAGCUUCAAAAAAGAUACAGUGUUCUGUAAAUAUAUUCAUAUGCCUGGACCUUUUUCACAAACAGCCACAAACGUCAAUGUAUUUUAUUGGGAUUUUAAGAUGGAGAACAACACAAUAUUUAGAUUUUUUUAUGGAUAAUAUAUCCCUAAUAUAUAUAUAUAUAUAUAUACAGACUAUAUAUACAGACUGAUGUUAAGUUCCAUUUUGUUGCCGUUUGUUUAUGUGUUUCAGAAGCGGGAGGAUGGGUUUGGUCAUUUGGUAGUUAAGUAAUUACUUUUUUUUUUCCUAACAAAUGAAAGUUUCAAAAGCAUUUUAAUACAUUUUGUAUUUACUCUGAUACCCUUAAAUUAAAACCUGUGCACUGCAAGGUUAUUAUUUAUUUAUAAUUUACAAAUGCAAUGCACUUGUCAAAUCUGACAGAGCGGCACUGCUCGUCACCAUGGAAACACCAUCCCUAUGUUGAAGCAUGUCAGUGGCAGCAUCAUUCUGUGGGGAUGCUCUUCAGCAGGCAUUUAGGGUCUGCUCAGAUAAAUAAAUUGAAUUUAAAUUCAAAAAUAAAGAAGUUGAUUUGGAUUAUUAAUCACAUUUCUUAUUAAUAUAUUUAAUUAUUAAUUAGAUGAGUUUGUGGCAGCACUUGAAAGCUGUUCUCCCUCCAAUAUUAAUAAACUUAAGCUAUUUUGCAAAUAGCAGUUUGCUUCACUUUCAAGAAAUGUGAAAAAGCUCCAGUGGUUUGAAUACCUUCCCAAACCUAAAUCCAGCCUCUUUAUAUAAAACUGAAUUCUGCACUGCCUACAUUAAACUGUUUUUUUUUUUUUUUUUGGCAUGACUGUUUACAGCUGAGUUUUGUAUUUAGGUCACUGAACUGUCUGGAAACGCAGUGGAGUCUGCUGUUUAUACACCAAGCUAACAUCCAGUGCAGCUUCAGUUUAUUUAUGCGAAAUGUAAAUUAGAGGUUUGUGCCGAUAUGCAGAAAAACCACAAUUGUAUACAUGAGGCACAGCAUGUGACGGCCUGUAGCUUCAGAAAGUAAACUAAACUAAACUCCAGCCUGGGCUUUGAAAUUUACAACAGGCCAUUCAGCCGAUGCGGCGUUGGCGUUUCUGCUUGAAAUGACGUGGAGUUCAGAAUUCGUCACAACAGCGUUUGAUAAAACGGACAAAAGUGCAGCAUCAAAAUGCUUUUAAAGACAUCUAAUCUCCUCUUAAGAAUAAAUGUUUUGAGUUAUCACUCCCCCCAAAUGUUUCGUUAUUGCACUGAAAAACAAAUUUGGUCAAGAGAAAAGCAUUUAAUAAAAAGAAAAAGUCAUACUCUGGUUCCGGAAGUGUGCACACCCCUCAACUAAUACUUCAGAUGCAAUUGAAGAAUUCAAGUCUUCUUGAGUUCUCUACUGUUAGUCACACUAACAGGCUAACCUGAAGUAUCUUAGUAUCACUGUGAGUCCAAACAUAUUAAAAUAAAUAAUGUCUCCACCUGGAAAAAAUCUGUGGUUGUCACCUGAAGAGAGCUUCGGACAAAAGAUACCGUCACAGUCCGGCAGAUGAACUGAAUUUAAAUGUGUCGCGCUGAUGGACUUUAGCCAAAGAGAACGAUAUUCUGAAAUUAAUGUAAUACUGUGCACAGAUAUAUGUAACCAGAAUGUGGCUAGCUCUGAAUAUUUUUGACUUUUAAAAUGAAUUUGAGAGUAUUGACAUAAUUCAUCAUGGUCUUUUUUUGUUUGUUUUGUUACAAAAACCAGCCAUUUUUGGAGAUAAUUUUUUUUCAUGUAAUUAAUGCAACUGUUUGUUACAUUUUGGCAUUGAUUAUUCUCUAAACUCAUAUUUAUUUAAGCAUCUUCACAUUAAUUUACUUCUUUUUUUUCUGCCUCCAGUUCCUGGGUUUUUCAUUGCAGCACUCGUGUAACUCCAUCAAUAUGCGCAGCGUCAACAUGUGCAGCCCUCCUUGUUCUUCAGUUUGAUUUAUUUCUACUCUAAUCUUGACUAAAUCGUCUUUUUUAAGAAAUAUUUACAGGACAAAUACCAAAACUUAAGUAUGGCAGAUUGGUUCAAAGCAACUUUAAAAGUGAAAGAAGUUCAAGCUGUCAGAUUGUCCCACAGUGCUUUGGGUGAGCCGACUUCACAAACUGGUAGUUGUUGUUUUCCUUGGUGUGGUUGCUGAGAGGGUAAAUGUACAUUAAAGGGUCACAUCUCCUGAUGGCUUUCCCAAAACCGCUGAGAACUGACUGCGUCUUAAUACACAGCAAAAUCAUAUCUGAUAAGAUCAUCUUAUAUCUGCUGCAGCCACUUUUUGGCACGAAGCCUCCAGCUUGUCCUGCGUGUCCAGACGAACGUGGUGUCGUUUGCGAGCCGUGGUUUUUGCUAGUCGUACAAAGACAAACUCACACACAGCCUACACUCACUUUUUUCUGCCUAAUUCACAAAACAGUCACGGGGAAAAGAAAGUACACCCUCUUUUAUUCAAAGUUUUUACCUUUGAGGGUACUCUGGCUGUACAAUGAGUUCAGGCUAGCCUCAGGUUGAACUGUAUUCUCACCCUGGUUUAGCAAAUGAUGUCAACAUUAUGAAGGAAAAUCGAAGUUCCUGCUUUGAUUGAAUGAGAUUUUAGAGGGGAAGUAGCUACCACUGAUCAAAGAACUUGAUUGGAUGAUCAGGAUUCUGUCCUUUUUCUCAGAACUAUAACCGACUCUUAGAAAAUAGGAGUUUAUGUCUUGGCUGUCCAGUGUUGUUGGUCACAGUAUUCAGUGACCAACAACACUGAAUGCAGUUGUUGGUCUGGGAGAUACUGGUGUGUAUUGAAGGGAACAACAACAACUGUAAAGAAGCAACUACUGUUACCUGAAAGAGUUCAUGAGGUCAUUUCCAAAAUGUCUAGCAUUUAGAAGUGAGAAAUAUUAUUUACACUCAAUGUCUGUCAAAAUUGCUACUGUGCUCAAAGAAAUAAAAUUUAAAAAAUCAACAGCUUCACAAAUUUCGUGCAAAUUUAGUAACAGGUUAGGGAAGAGGAUUAGUGCCACUAAAAAAAAAGAAUCCAGUUUUUUUUUUACUCAGAAUUCGGACUCUUUCUUUUCGGGAUUCGGGCGUUCUGACAGUUAUUCUCAAAAUUCCGACAUCUUAAAGCCUCGACAAAGAACGAGACAAAAUUCUUCCUCUACAACAAACAGGAAACAACAUCUGAGCGUUAAAUCCUCCGGAGGCGGAGAGGCUUCAAAGGAAAAAGAGGGUGUGCUUUCCUUUGACUCACAAAAACGUUCUGCUUACUUCUACUACUACUACUGCCUGCUUUGUGUGCAUUACUUAUUUUAUAAUGUAGCACUUUCAAACGAUGCAGCAACACAGAUUCAUACCUUGUGCUUCCGGAAGAGUUAAAAGGACAGGAUGGAAGGUGAAGAAGAAGAAACAAUCAACACAAAGUGAAGGAUUUAGUUGGGAUCGUUUUUCCCGCCGGAAGCCAUGUUUACAGUCUUUUAUUUACUGUCAGAAUGACCUACCUGUCAGAAUGUUGAUCAUUAUCAAUAACAGAUUUUAAGGUGUGGAUUAGACAAACAGGUUUAUCUCAAUAAUUUAGAAUGUUAUUAAAAAGUCCAUUUACAAAGUGAAACCCAUCAUUUAGAUUAAUUCCACACAUUUUGUUUUUAUAUUUUCAUGUGAAAUAUAAUAAUUUUCUGCUUACUGCUAAUAAAAGCAUGGCAUUUAUCUGCUUAGAAUAUUAAAAUAUUAUGUAAGACUCAUUGAAAAGAGACAUUUUUAAUACAGAAAUGUGGGCUUAAUGAGUGCGUUUUGUAACGGGUCUCAUCAGAACACAGAUACUGAUUUACUGAGACGUACCUGCAAACCGAAUCAAUCUGAGCCAGUAUUCAAACAUUUAUCCCAAAGAUUUUAUAUGAAUAUAAAAGCCCAGUGUUUUACCACAUCAGAACACGGGUGUGUUAUUUAUUUGGGGAGUUUUUUUAGGGGUUUUUUUCCAACCUCUAACAGCUUCCUGCUUGUUAAGAGUCUGAACUUGGCAGGGGGAGUCCAUUAAAGUGUAGUUAAAAACUCCGAUCCAGAUGGGAUUCAGUUCAGUUAUUUACACGGAGCAAACAGUUUAAAGGUCAGAUUUGUCUCCACUCGGCUCAGUGUAGUCUUUUAUGUCGGUUCUUGUUUUUUUUUAAACAUUUUUCUCACACUCACCGCCUUGCAAAAAGUAUUCAUGUCUUAUGGACUUUUGUAUUUUGUCACAUUGCAACCGCAAAUUUCAAUGUUUUAGUAUUUCAUUAAAUGGGGCAACACAAGGUAGCACGCAAUCAUGAGUAAAAUAGACAGAUACGUUUUUACAUCCUAAUAAAUACAAAACUGAGAAGUGUUGAAUGCAGUUGUAUUCUGAUAUUCAUAAGUGAAUUCCAGUACAAGUGAUUUCCCUAAGAAGACUAAUAAGUACUUAACAGAGUCCAUCUGUGUGUAUUGUUGUACAAGGUUCUGACUAAAGGGAGCUGCGUCCUAAAGCAUGCCAUGUUUUACAGAUUAAUAAUAAAAAAAAAAACAGGUGGAAAAUUGUCUGAAUUUUAUCUCCACUUUACAAUGACUUUUGGUGGUUUAUCGCAUCGAAUACGACAAAGUCUGGGUGUAAUGUCACGAACUGUGGAGGGGCGUGAAUACUUUAACAAGGCAUUGCAGUAGCAGCAUGUGUUAUUAAAGAAUGACAGGAAAUGCCUCAAGAUUGAAUGAUUGUGAAGCUACAAAAAGACUGGAUUUAUCGGACUGUAAAAGUUGAAUCAUUAUCCAUCCAUCCAUUGUCUAACACCCUUGUCCCCAGUGGGGUCAGGAGGGGUGCUGGUGUCCAUCUCCAGCUAACGUUCCGGGCGAGAGGCGGGGGUCACCCUGGACAGGUCGCCGGUCUGUCGCAGGGCAUCCAACAUUCAUUACUUUCUCUUUUAUGAGCCUUAGAAGAACAAUGUUUGAAAAGACCAUUUUAAAUGUCAAACACGGUUUAAAGUCGGCCUCCAAGCUAAAUAUUUCAUCUGAAGGAGGCAACAUUUGUAUUUUUAUGGUGAGGUCAAAUUUAAAUGGGACUUUGGUGCAUCACCGUUGCUUAUUGUUUCAGUCUGAUGAUUUUAUAGUCUAUUUCUUUCUGGGUGGGGAACAGUAAAAAUCAAAUGGAAAAACAAAACAAAACAGGAAUCUAUUUUCCUAUUGAAGCCAGUCUCUAACCUAGAAACUAGCCUUGCGUUUCUGUCUGCAAACACCAUUACUCCCUUAAGAGGUGGCUGGAGUCCUGCGUGUAGUUUAUUCCUCCAAAUACCCGAUGUUAAGUUGCCUUUAACUGCACUGACUGUCACAGGUGUUUUAUGAUUUUUUUUGUUUGUUUGUUUGUUUCGUUUUGUUUCCAAAAGCUGCGCUUGUACAAAAAGCACACCGCUACCGGACUGACCGUGUCGUGUGAAUGCUCCAUGGAUGGCUGUGUUUCAGAUUUGUAUUCCCAAAUUCCAAAAUAAAGAUGGUCUUAUUCUGCA